GCUAAUGAACUGAAAAAUUAAAUUAAAAUUAAAUAUUAAAGAUAAUAUAAGAAAAUAGAAAUAAAAUAUCUCUAAUUCACUGUGUAGGUAUAGUCGUCUGGCAUCUUUGUUGAAACAAAGGUCUUUAAUCCAGUGUGGUGUAAAAAAUGAUUUUGAAAGCAUCAAUUUGUUUAUUUCUCUUAUUUUUCUGUAAUAAAUGUUCAAGCCUAAGAGAAUAUAGUAAAGAAGAUAUUUUACGACUAAGGGAGGAGGUUCGUGAAAUGUUUCAACAUGCCUACGACAGUUACUUACGGUACGCAUACCCUUACGACGAGCUCCGUCCUCUCAGUUGCGACGGUGUCGACACGUGGGGGAGCUACUCUCUAACGCUCAUCGAUGCUCUGGACACACUCGCCAUAAUGGGCAACUACACAGAAUUCAACAGAGUCGUAGAUAUUCUACUUCAGAAGAAGAACUUUGACUCAGAUAUUAAUGUGUCUGUCUUUGAAACCAAUAUCAGGAUUACAGGAGGACUUCUCAGUGCUCAUCUACUUUCUUACAAAACUGGUGCAAAAUUGGAACCCGGCUGGCCCUGUAAUGGCCCACUCUUGCGAUUAGCAGAAGAUGUAGCCCAAAGGCUGAUUGCAGCAUUUGACACCACCACGGGCAUGCCUUACGGCACCAUCAACCUAAGGUCUGGAGUGCCCCCUGGGGAGACCAGUGUGACUUGCACAGCUGGUGUUGGGACCUUUAUUAUUGAGUUUGGCACUCUGAGCAGGCUCACUGGAGAUCCUUUAUAUGAAGAGGUUGCACUCAAUGCAUUAAAAGCACUGUACCACCACAGGUCUCCAAUAGGCCUAGUUGGAAACCACAUUGAUGUCAUGACUGGUCGAUGGACCGCACAGGAUGCUGGGAUUGGGGGUGGAGUUGAUUCAUAUUAUGAGUAUUUAGUAAAAGGUGCAAUUCUACUAGAGAAGCCGGAGCUGAUGUCGAUGUUUCUGGAAGCGCGGCAGUCCAUCGACCGGUACCUGCGCAAGGACGACUGGUUCGUGUGGGCCACCAUGCUGCGCGGCCACGUCACGCUGCCCGUGUUCCAGUCGCUGGAGUCCUACUACCCGGGGCUGCUGAGUCUGAUAGGUGAAAGCGACACUGCCAUGCGUAUAAUACACAACUACCACAGCGUGUGGAAGCAGUACGGCUUCACUCCUGAAGUCUACAACUUGGGCACAGGCGAGGCGUCGACCGCUCGUGAGAGCUACCCGUUACGGCCUGAGCUGAUUGAGUCUAUUAUGUACCUGUAUAGGGACACUAGAGACCCUAUACUGCUGCAGAUGGGAGAGGAUAUACUAAGGAGUAUACAGCACAGUGCUAAGACUAACUGCGGUUACGCUACGAUAAAAGACGUCCGCGACCACCGCAAAGAGGAUCGCAUGGAAUCCUUCUUCCUAGCCGAGACCACCAAAUACCUAUACCUUCUGUUCGACCCGGAUAACUUUAUCCACAACCCAGGCGUGCACGGAACAGUCAUAAAUACACCCAACGGGGAAUGUGUGGUGGAUGUCGGCGGGUACAUAUUCAACACAGAAGCCCAUCCUAUAGAUCCGACAAUGCUGUAUUGCUGCCACGAAGCGAAGCAAGGAAUAAACAUAAGUGAAGUACACAGAGUCUACCAAUUACUCGAAGAAGAAGACAACAUAAAAUUCAUGACUCUAAUUGAAGCGUCCGAAAAUAAAAAGAACAAUAACAAAACCGAAAAUGUAAAAAAUACGCAAGUAGUUGUCGAAGAAACUAGUAAUGUGACAACUGAAGGAGUAUUAGUUGAAAACAAAAUAGAUCAGAAUCAAGUUCUUAUAAAAACAGAAACGAGAACCGGAUAUGUUAACAUUGAUGGUACUGAAAGAGAGAAUAUUAUUAACGAAUCGAGUUUAACUGAAAUUGUAAAAGAGAAAUUGUCUAAAUAUUACAAUGGUUCUCUUCUGCUUGCUGAAGCGGAUGAUUCUGAAACUGUAACUGAUGAAAAUUCUACAGAUACUGAUAAGCCGGUAGAUAAAGAUGUUGAAGUUGAUGACAUAAUUGUAGCGUCGCAAGAUCCUGAUACCCUCCAACCACCUAGUUCGAGCAGAGCGAAGGAAGCGUACAAGCUAUUGCCCAAAGCAAUUCAAGAGUUUUUGAACAAUGAUUGGAAAACGAGGCCAAAAUGUGAACCUCAACGCAUUUUGGAGCGAAUCCGAAGAGAAAACAAGUAUCCAGAACACAUGGAUGUUGACGCUUAUGAAUUACUGCUGACGCCAGCGCCAUCUUUCCUGCAAAGGAUAUCUUUGGCUGGUGAGUUUUUGAGUAAAAAGCAAAUGCAAACGUAAAUUACGGAUUUUAUUAUGGGUGAUACAAUUUUAUUUGUAGGAGCUGUGUAAUUUAAGUUAUUUAAAUGUUGUUGUUUUGUUAAUAUAACGCAGAAGACUGAA